AUGAAGCUCUCCACCUUGUGGUCUGUCUUCAGCCUUACUGUCGCUGCUGGCGUUGCAGUCGGUGAUUCUUCCUCUGUUUCUGAUGCCACCAUCGUCGAAACGACCAACCUCGCGACGAGCACCUCCUGCAUCACCUACCACACGUUCGUGACACAUACUUACACUGUCAAAAAGGAAGCAACCAUCUCGCAGACUGGCAGCGUCACUUCGUCCAUUCCCGUUGCUGUUACCUCUACAACCUCGAAGCCCUCUAACGGACCUGCAACUUCGACUCAAGGUGUUCUAUCGACUACUAGUGGCCCUACUAUCUCAAAGAUCUCGUCGGAUCGGGAUCUGGCCGCCGGUCGAGACCUCCUCGCUCUCGAACCAUGGAACGGCGCUCACUGGUGGAACUCACAGCAGCGGAACUGGCUUUCUACUGCCGAGCCUCAGUCUUCUCGGGGAACAUCCGGUGCUAAACAAGCUUCCACAAGUAGUACCACCGACGUAACAGGGAGGACCAGUUCCGCGCAAGGCAAAACUAAGCCCAGUGGGGGCGCGACCACCGGGACUGCGCAUGCUAGGAUUACAGGUGAUGGGACAGGGAUCAUCAGUACUACCUACACCAGAGCAUCAAGUGUCACUGGCCCUGCCGGUGUAACGCUCACCCAGCCACCUUCCAUUACUACCGGCCUGCCUCCAAGCCCUAUGAUAACUUCCAGCGCGUCCGUCAUCGCCGUCCGCUUUCACAACGUCGUCACAAUUAUCACAUUCUGGGAACUGAGCCCCGAGCCACGGCCAGAUAAACAAGUCAUCGACAACGUCAAGAGAACUAAGGAUGAUAUUGCAGAUCUGGCGAAGAACAUGGGCGAGAAGCUUCCAAAAUGCAAUCAAAAGAAGCGCGGUCUGUUUGACGGUCUUCUGAACCUCGCCGGAGACACCACCAGCCAGAUUUUGGGUAAGCUCGGUUGUCUUGAGAACAAACUGGAUGACCUUGUGGAAAGAAUCAAGAACAAGGACGUCAAGGGGGUCAAAGAUAUCGUGAAGGCUCUGGACAUUGAAAAGCCCCCUGGUGGCCUUGAAAGAUCGGUGACUAACGGACCUAGCAAUGAUCAAAAAAGCUCCAGCCGUUCGUCCUCGUCAUCGUCCUGUACCUCGCAGUCAACCGCACACCAUGUCACGAUUCUCUGCCAGCCAACCUCUAUAACUGCCAGUGGCUCGACAGUUACAACCAGAACAUGCACCCGGACAACUACCAUCACCACCACGGGGUGCUCUGUCACCGCAGCGACGACCACAAUCACCAACACUCCGAGCUCCACUCCGACGAGACGUCUGUGCGCACAGGAAAACUGCAGUGCUGCAUGCUUAGCCGGGAAGGGCAAGGGGGGAUGGGUGUCCAUCUCAUCGGUGGAAUGUGCCUCUAUCCCAACAAGUACUGUAGGAGCACUGCCUACGGGCAACGGGGGAAGAAUUCAUCGUCGGUAUAGCUCUCUUCACAAGGACACAGGAGCCAAAUCGUCCAAACAAACCUUUUCCUUUGGCAAGCGAGCCCUACAGGAUCUUUCCGCCGUGGACCCAAACCACUAUCUGCCCAAGCUCAACCACGCUAUAACCCAGAACGACCACUGGGCCAGCCAAAGCGAGCCAGUGACGGGCAAAUGGUAUCGCUGGCCAGAUCUGCAGUCCGCGCUCGGCGUGAAGGGCCUCCACGGCUGCACUGUCCUGAUGAUCGUCGCGAAAGAUGGCGUCUACCUCUCGCAUAUAUUCGAGUCCCCCAUUUUCCGCACCCCAACCGAACCCGAUGUAGCCGACGACUUUUUCAUGGAGCAAACAUUUAUCGCACUGAGUACCGGGCGUACCGGGCCUGCCGGGGUGGUCAACAAUCAGAUUGAACCCCUACAAGGACUAUGGGGAACUGACGCAAACCCCGGCCCCCUGCAUCGCACCAACAGUCCCCAGCUCAUUAUCAUCACCCCUUUUUUGCCCGAAUGGCGACCCCAAGAAUAUAUGUACGCCCACCGAGUCAAAUGGCUCGCAGCCCAGUUCAGUCACUUCCUCUACUUCCCCACCGGGGAAGCUCCCGCAGAUAAAGCCCCAAUCAUCCGCGGUUACGAGCCGACGAAUUUCUGGCAGUCCAACAAUGAUGAUUCCUCCGUGGGGAAAGUCGUGAUAGAAGUCGACAAGUACAACAGUUUCCUGCAGGCGGGCAAUCACCUUCUGGCUGUGGGUCAGUGGCGGCUGUGGUUGUGCGGGCAAUAUGUCAUGGACUACGACUUCUGGGAUCCUGCGGCGGUUCUUCAGCCUGUUGCUCAGCCACAGGGGCAUAUGCAGCGGCGAGAUCGGUGCCCGGGACGUUUCAUUUCUGUUCAUCUUACGCUGGUGACUUCAACAAAGAGUGCCGCGACAAGCGCCACAAGCUCGUCCACUAGCAAGUCGGCAAUAACCACGCCGACACCUUAG